UCUUGUGGACUUGAACGUUUACUUCCUCAUCUGUCAGGACUGGUUUAUAAUGAAAGUAAUUUCUAACAGGAAGCGGGAGGCUACAGAGUGUUAUAGAUGUGAACUGACGCGGAUAUAAUUCAGCUUUUACCAUCUGAUAUCAAGACAAGACAAUUCUAGACAUCAGAUUUUAACCCUAACACUUUCUUCUGCGUGAGACAGGUUUCUCCCCUUGGGUCAGGGAGACAUAUCUGAGCUGAAACCAGCAGAACGGAGACAAUAUGUGAGACAGUAUGCCUGCUCAACAAAAAAUCUCCACAUUGUUGAAAUGGCUCUUCAUUGGCGUCACUGUCUUCUCUGUCUUCACUGCCCCCCUGCUGAUUUGGAUCUACAGGCCACAUGAGAUCUUCCAGGAUGCGACUGUGUCCAAUCCAAAACCCAUUAAGCCUCAGAUUCCAGUGCAUCAUUCAGGACAACAGUGUUAUCCUGGACAAAUGGCUCCUCAAAAGCUGUCUAUCGUGGCGGUCAGCAGGACGAAGACACUGCUGGUAUCAGCUUAUCAGGAGCACCGCACAGGAAAUAGGGAGGUUCGUGUCAUUGCAGUGGUGCUGAGGAAGGAGACCGUAGCCUACCAUUGCCUCCUCUGUUGUCAGGAUCAACUGCACAUCUCUGACGGUGUCAGCAGUGUCCACACUGAUCACUUUGACUUUCCAUAUGGGACAGCAGACAUCAUGUGUCCUAUCCCUUCAGGCUGUGAGACUGUGUCUCAUAUCGCUGUGACCUCUGCUGCAAACAAAUCUGGAGAGUCUGUGGAGGUGAAGAACCAGAAGGUGAAAAGUGACUCCUUUCCAUACAACUUCACUGUCUGCCUCUCCACCAUGUUCGAUUUCACCAACGUGUUACAGCUGGUCCAGAGUUUGGAAAUGCUGCAGUUACUAGGGGUGAACAGGGUUGUCGUCUAUAAGACCAGCUGCAGCCCUGAAACACAGCGCAUACUGGACUACUACACUCACAAAGGUUUAGUGGAGGUGAUUCCUUGGUCUCUGUCCAAAUUUAUUAAUGUAUCUCGGGGCUGGCUGCCUUCACAUGGUCCAGGUGACAUCCACUACCUCGGCCAGAUUCCUGCUCUCAAUGACUGUCUCUACAGAUACAUGUACCAGUCUAAAUAUAUGGCCCUGCAUGACAUUGACGAGCUCAUACUGCCUCAGUCAGUCAACAGCUGGUUGGAAUUGUUGCCACAGUUGGAGAAGAAGUAUGGCGCUGACCAGUGUUACAUGUUUGAAAAUAACGUGUUCCCCAUCACCGUCACGCUGCCUCCUCCCACCUCCCAGACUCUGCCCCUGCAGAACCACCACUGGCAGAAUGUGUCUGGAGUUAACAUCCUGGCUCACCUGUACCAUGAACCCAUCAUUCCAGAAACUCAUUACAGCAACUUCAAGAUCAUUGUCAACCCACGAGCUGUGUACAGAGCAACCGUCCACGGACUGCUGAAGUCAGUCAAAGGCUGCGCCUGGGUUGACAGGAAUAUAGCACGAAUGUACCACACAAGAGAUCCGAGGCAACCCAAGCUGACACCAAACCAGCUGAUUUAUGACGGCAGACUGCUGAGCUACAGCACCCACCUCAUACCAGCUGUCAAUACUGUACUCAGAGAGAAUGGACUUCUACCAGAGGACAGCAUACAGUAGCCUCCGUUGGUGUGUGCGUGUGUCUCUACUCAAAGCACCAAAUGCAAAUGUUGUUCACUUAUUGGCCACUACGUGGAGGUGUAAAUGUCCGUUCAGACUUUAACUCAGGGAGAGGAAUUAUUCUUCAGGGAUUUAUAGUUUAAUCAUUUAAUAGCCUGAUCUGUGUGAACUUCAAUACUGUCAAUACUGUACUCAGAGAGAAUGGACUUCUACCAGAGGACAGCAUACAGUAGCCUCUGUUGGUGUGUGCGUGUCUCUACUCAAAGCACCAAAUGCAAAUGUUGUUCACUUAUUGGCCACUAGGUGAAGUGUAAGUGUCCAUCCAGACUUUCAUCCUUUUAACUCAGGGAGAGGAAUUAUUCUUCAGGAAUUUAUAGUUUAAUUAUUUAAUCUGAUCUGUGCUGACUUUUUAAACAUGUUAAAUAUGUUGCUUGCUGACUGCACAAACAAUUCCAUUUUGCAUUAUAGAGCGGUGCAGGGAUGAUGUAUUUUUGAUGGCCAUUUUUGUUGCUCGGGUUUAUUUUUUAUUUUCAGUACUGUAUGAACCAUUUUCUUGGGUGAUUGAAUAGUGGUUAAUUCAUUUUUAAUAUAUACAUUGAGCUUUAAUUAAUGUAUUUUUAAGCUAUUGUGGAGCAUUGCUGUCUGUAGUGUCCUGCUGUAAAUGAUCAAUAAAGGUUUUGGACUGGA